AUGCCUUCACUACACUCCCUUUGUGUUCUCACCCUCGUCACUUUGGCACUGGCAGCACCAGCACCCGCCCCAGAAAACGCACCGCUCCAAAAGCGAAGUUUCAAGGUCGAGCGAGUACCAAACCCUCACUUCAAGCGAUCUCCAGGAGCCGGUCACAGAGCUCUGCUCAACGCUCACCGAAAAUAUAGCAUUCCACUUCCCCCGGGACUCCUCGAUGUGAUCAACUCGGUGCAGUUGUCGGAGGACGAGGCGACGCCAUUAACGAAUGGGAAGGUGGGGAAUGUAAAGACGAAGGGGAACAAAUCGAGACCAGCAGGAGCAUCGGCGCCGGGGGCUGCAGCUUCAAACGUCUCUGCUGCUGCAGGGACUGGCAUAGUCACCGCAACUCCUGAGAGGGGAGAUGUGGAAUACCUGGCGCCAGUCACAAUCGGUGGACAAACCAUGAACCUGAACUUCGAUUCCGGAUCUUCCGAUCUGUGGAUCUUCAACACGCAGCUCUCAGUUGCCUCUCAGAAGGGCCACACCAACUUCGACCCCGCCAAAUCCGCAACCUUCAAAGCUAUGCCCGGAGCUACAUUUUCGAUCUCAUAUGGAGAUGGCUCCGGAGCCUCAGGAAACGUGGGAACCGAUACAGUCGACAUUGGAGGCGUAUCGGUGAAGAACCAGGCCAUUGAACUCGCCACAGCCGUAUCCGCAUCUUUCGUCGCCGAUGCGAACUCCAACGGUCUUGUCGGACUAGCCUUCUCCAAGCUCAACACAGUUAAGCCCCAGAAGCAAAAGACCUUCUUCGACAACGUGAUGCCCAGCCUUGCCGAACCCGUCUUCACCGCAGAUCUCCGCAAAGCGGCCGUCGGCGCCUACGAAUUUGGACGCAUUGACACCGCCAGGUUCAAUGGAUCCCUCACCUGGACACCCGUCAAUACCACCCAAGGAUUCUGGCAAGUCACCUCCCAAAAGUUCCAAGUUGGCAGCCGAACUGCGAUCACCGUCCCUGGUGCCCAGGCCAUCGCUGAUACCGGAACUACCUUGAUGUUGGUCAACGACGCUGUGGUCAACGCAUAUUACAGCCAAGUAUCUGGCGCAGUCAAAGAAACAUCAGGUGUUGUGUUCCCUUGCAACGCUAAGCUCCCUGACCUGUCGGUUGAUAUCAAUGGUGCCUAUAUGGCCGUUGUCAAGGGCAGUGAUAUCAAUUUUGCCCCAGCUGAUAACACUGGUACCACUUGCUUUGGCGGCGUCCAAUCCAUCGCAUCAAACCUGCAAAUCUACGGCGACAUCAUGUUCAAGUCGCAAUUCGUUGCUUUCCACGGCGGGAACAAUUCCCUUGGCAUGGCUCCCCACCAAUAG